ACGCAAUCAGCGAAAUGUUGCAGAAUAAAUAUACUCUUUUCAGUCCCACCAAAUUAAUUGGUUUGGCAACAAAGGGUAUUCCGAAAGUUGUCGAGAAUCGAGUGGAUGCAAAGCAGGAAGUAGACAAAGAACUCAAGCAUGUGUGCGAAGAGUUCAUUUUAGAUAAUUCGAAGUUAGCAAUUGAACCUUUGUCUUCAUUCUUGUUGAAGGUAUCGGCCUUCAGGCUUAGGAAUGACCUUAGGGAAGUUCAUCAUCAAACGUCGUUGAAAAAUCAAAAAUUUGCACAACCAGAUAAAGUUAUUGAAGUUUAUGAAACAUUCCAAGAAACCGUUAAAGCCCGUCUUCUUUAUAUAGUUCCUAAGAUGUCAGAAUAUCUUGGUGAUCGUGAAACCGAGAGUAUCUUGCUGAAACCAAUACAGGCAAGUGCCAAACACAUUAUAGACACAUAUCAAGCAUUUUAUGAUAUAAUGAAAAAUGAAAAUUUUGAUUUAAACAAUUUUCCAAAAUCCUUAGGAGAUAUUGAUAAGGUGAAAGGGUGGGUACAAUGUGAAUGGGUUUGGGAAGAACAGGAACACGGAAAAA